UGUUGGGAAAGUGGGUGUCGCUGUGCACGCUGCUGGAGCAGCUUCAGAGCGAUGUGUAGAGGACUUUAAACGCACUGUGUCAUACAGUGGUGGAAGGACGGAGAUCGUGGAUCGUAUACUGCAACACUUCUGAUGCAAUGAGUCCGACCGUUUCCAUCCUGAUCCAAUGUGUCUGACGAUUCACUUACCGCGCGCGAUGCUCUGACUGCCGUGUGUUUAUAUAUGGAGACACCCUAAAAAACAGUCAACCGGGAAAUGGUAACACAUGAACCUCCUCACUGGAAGGAACAUGGUUGAGAGGAGCAGUAAAUUUCUGUUCAUCGUUGUCGGCUCGGUUCUGUUCAUGCUGAUUUUGUAUCAGUACGUGGCUCCGGGGAUGAUGAACUUCGGCUCUCCGCACGGGUACAUGCUGGAAGACGAUGCGGAUCUCUUCCCGACUCCUGAUCCACAUUACGUGAAGAAAUUCUAUUUCCCCAUCAGGGAUCUGGAGCGGACUGUGGAUUUUGAAAUCAAAGGGGAUGAUGUGAUCGUGUUUCUCCACAUCCAGAAGACCGGAGGCACCACGUUCGGGAGGCACCUGGUCCAGAAUGUCAGGCUGGAGGUUCCGUGCGACUGUAGACCGGGACAGAAGAAGUGUACCUGUUACCGACCCAAUAGGAAAGAGACCUGGCUCUUCUCUCGGUUCUCCACCGGAUGGAGUUGUGGCUUACACGCGGACUGGACCGAACUGACCAACUGCGUACCGGGGGUUUUGAACAAAAAGGAGAACAGCAUGAAAAACCACAGGAAGUUCUACUACAUUACCCUGUUACGGGACCCCGUGUCUCGGUACCUAAGUGAGUGGAGACACGUCCAGCGCGGGGCCACGUGGAAAACCUCCCUGCACAUGUGCGACGGGCGAACGCCGACACCAGAGGAGCUGCCCCCCUGCUACGAGGGCACCGAUUGGUCGGGCUGCACAUUACAACAGUUCAUGGACUGUCCGUACAACCUGGCGAAUAACCGACAGGUGCGCAUGCUGGCCGACCUCAGCCUGGUGGGCUGCUACAACAUGUCCUUUAUUCCGGAGAAGAAGCGCGCGCAGGUGCUACUCGAGUCAGCCAAGAAGAACCUACGAGACAUGGCCUUCUUCGGCUUGACCGAGUUCCAGCGCAAAACGCAGUACUUGUUCGAACGGACCUUCCGCCUCAAGUUCAUCCGGCCCUUCAUGCAGUACAACAGCACGCGGGCCGCCGGCGUGGACCUGGACAACGACACGGUGCAGCGGAUCGAGGAGCUCAACGACCUGGACAUGCAGUUGUACGACUACGCCAGGGAUCUUUUUCAGCAGCGCUACAUGUACAAGCGACAACUCGAGCGAAGAGAGCAGCGCCUAAAGAACCAGCCCCUCUUCCACUUUCGUCGGGGGCCCAGCUCCGAUCCUGCUUUCAGGGAUGACAUGCCGGAGUCCGAGGCAUCCCGAUUACCCACGGAGGACUACAUGAAUCACAUCCUCAACCGCUGGUAGCAGUGCUGGGGGGAGGGGGACGGAAAAUACAGGUUGACGAGGAGGAAAAGGCUGCGAUCCCCAGGUCAAAUCAAGCGGGAGAGGAGCACCGCGAACGAGAAAGAGACAGAACUUUAGCGCCACCAUCGAAUAUGCCCCUCCCCCCUUCUGUUGUGCUCCAGGAUAUCCUGCGGACGUCUCGGAGAGGAAGGACUCAAAAUGCGUGAUGCUCUUCGUCGCUACUGCGAAGACGGUCAGAAAUGACUGACUAACUUAAAGCACUGAGCCUGAACUUAAAACUAAGAGGUGAAGACUUCUACUGGCGCAUUCGCCCACGGAAGGAAAAAAAAAACAUACAUAAAAAUUAUCGGAAUUAUAUUCACUGCAGAUUUUAAAAGAAUGAAUCGAAUGAAAUUGUAUAGAGGUAUUUGCUUAAAUGUCUGCUGCCAUUUCAGCCAUGAAUUUGUGACGAUAACGGUCUGUCUCUUUAUUUUUUAGUUUGUUAUGGUCUUAUUUCUUUUAAUUAUUUUUAAAAGGGAUUUUUCGUCCCUCAAAGAGGUAAAACUCACAGCACUGAGAUCAACAGAGCUGCCUAACACUUAUUGGAUGCAAUUUAUUAGCUUUUCAUAAUCAGUGAAGACUUGAAAAGGUGUGUUCUGUAGUCCUUUUUCGUGUGUAUUUGCACGUCGGUUGCAAAUUCCGAUGGACGGACAGACAAAGCGUGGACCAUAGCCAUUAUUUAAGCUUUCAGCAUACUGUAUGCGAAAAUCCCGUGAGCUAAGUGUACUAAUAUAACCUUACCGAAUGUUAGAGGUGUUUCGUUUGUCCGAUCUGACAAAUGUCUUGCGUGAUGUUAUUGGCCGACACAAAUUCGAAGUUGUCAUCAGCACCCAAUUUCUUGGUAGCUGAAGCGGGAACCUGGUGGAGAUCCAAAGAGGAAACUGUGUCUUAUUUUACACUUAGUAAGAAUGGGCUCUGCGUUUCUAAGCGAAGUCGUGCACUCUAAAUGCGAUUGAAUCGGUAAUGACGCCUGCGUGUCAGUCAAUAACAGGAGUGUCGUAGAGUUUGUGUGUAAGUGUGUGUGAAAGACAGAGCUUGUGAAACGCAAGAGCAGAAUGAAGAAGCAGCAAACGCAGCCUUUAUAAAUGUCACCACCAUUCCCAAUUCCCAGAGACUACUUAAUACUAUUAUUUAGUAUGCGGGUGGAUGGAGGAUGACUGUGUGUGUUUGAGAUUCUGAGCAGGAUGACUGUUUUAAGUAUGCAAGCAUGUUUGGGUGUUACUUUUUUCUGUACGAAUGUGUGCGAGCGUGAGUUUCAGAGUAAACAGUGUGUGAAUAAGGUAUCAGGAAGAAUUACCCCACUGGAAAUGUGUCCUUUCUGUUUAAUUGACUCUUAAGGUGUUAUGAUGGACGUUUUGACUUAAUGCUCUGCAAUGGGAAUUUGUUUGCUCAGUAACCAUAAAGACAGACUACUCUUCACUUACUGCAUAUUUAACCAAACCUAGUGUUAUGUUAUGUUAUUCAGGAACAAACGUCUUCUCAUGAACGAUCCGCAUAACACAUGUAUGGUCUUUAUGAAGGCAGCCCUUUAUUAAUAUCUCAAUGCGAUGCUGUCAUUCCCUUCUGCUGAUAUGCUCUUAAAGGAAACCCUCAGUGGGUUGUAGUAAUUGUUGGUUUCAUUGCAAAAUAGUUCGGUGACCAAUUUCUCAGUCUUAAUUCAACAAUGGCAUCCAGCCAAUCAGAAUAGAGUAUUGGUGUGCUUUAAAAAUGGUCACUACAUCCGACUGUCAAAUGUUAGGCCAGAAACAUACUCUAUAGUCAAAACUCAAGGGGUCAACAGAGUCACCUUCAAAUGUCUGUGCCAUUAAACCGUUGUUAUUCAGGUAACUAGCUAUAGAUGGUUUAACUUUGACUUAGCUAGAUUCUCUUCAAACUGUUGCUCAGCCGUGACGGUAUAGUUGACCUGAAAGAGAAAACUAUGCUAAAGCUUGCUAUAGCGCCCCUUGUGGUAAUGCUAAGAAUGCAACACACAUCUGAGUUGCAUUAUCAAUUGUAUUCUGACUGUUUUCAGAACAGUCUCUAAAAUGAAGCUAUAGGGGAAAUUACCUUCACCUACUCCUCUAGAGCAGUGUUUCCCAACCUUUUUUUAGUCGCGGCACCCUUUGGAAAUUUUAACA